AUGGUAGCAAAAAAGGAGGAGGUGGUGGUGGUGGAUGUGGUGGUAGUGAUAGAGGGGGUAGUGGUGGGGCUCUCAGAAAUGACGUCCAUUCCUGUAUACUGCCUAUGUCAGUCACCUUAUGAUGCAAAUCACUUCAUGAUUGAAUGUGAUCUUUGUCAGCAAUGGUUUCAUGGCAGUUGUGUUGGUGUAGAAGAGGAGAAAGCAAUAGACAUUGAUGUCUACCACUGCCCCAAAUGUGAAAUCCUACACGGGCCUUCCAUUAUGAAAAAGUGCCGCAGGACCCAGGCACAGAAGCUGAUUGGGAAGAAAGCAGCAGGAAAGACAGGACAGACUGGGAGCCCAGAGUUCACCCAGGAACGUCGGCAAAGGAGAGUAAAUAGCACCAAGAAGGUGAGUGAUCUUCCCAGACCUAGGAACUCCAAGGCCAAAAGAGGGUACAAACCAAGACCAAAAAGCCCCCAACCCUCAGCCUAA